AUGAUAAAAGUGCGGUGUAUAUCGACGAACGAAGCACAAGAGUAUGUUUCGAAAUGUAUUCCUCGACACUUGCUGAUAUCGCGUGUCCGUGACUGUGCACACUUGGUGUGCAAUGUUUGGGUACUGAAGAGUGAAUUGCUUUAUCCUGACGAGACAUCAGUGCUUAAGCAUGCCCGUGAUCUUGUCCUGUGUUUAUUUAGUUCUGAUCUACCUGUUAGAAGGUUGGAUUUACAAAUGGCAUUCGGCUUAAGAACUUCUGAUCUUGAUGGUAUCCUAAAAACAUUAAAUCGAGUAAUGGUGGAUGAACAUGAACGAAGCUGGAAACUGAAACAUGAUGAUGUAGAAGAAUUUGGAAAAACCAAGGACGACUUAAAAGUGUUUAUUGAAGAAAAACGCUACUGGCAUAGACGUUGGGAAGAAAUACAUCGUUAUUUAAUGGCUAGGAAAGAAAAAGCAGGAAAUAUUAUACGGCGGAAGAAACGAAUUAAUAGCAGACAGAAUGGUUCAAGUGAUAAAACCUUAAAGAAGCGAAAUAAUGUGAAAACAAUUGUGAUCGAUUGA